AUGACGGCGGAGCCGAAGGAAACGAAGGCCUCCGCACCACGAAGACAAAAGAAACUUGAACCGCGUAAGCUCACAAAGUACUUCUGCCCGGAAUGCUCUACUGGAAACAAACGCAAAUACCUGUACAAUGUGGGCAGAGAUGGCAGAGAUACGUGCUUCCGUGUCUGGCAUCUCGAAUGGAACACCGGGAAUGACAUUCCCCGUGAGCUCGUGCGGAACCACAAGAUGCGGGACCGUGCGCCGCCAACCAAGCCUGGUAAGAAGCGCCGAUGCCGCCAGCGGCAGUCAGGAGACCAGCAGAGUGUUGGAAGCGAUGGUAGUGGAGAGGAAGGCAAAUGA